UUGAUUACCGUUGAGCAUGUACCAUAUGUUUUAUUUGAGGACUUUGCUGCACCCUGAGGUGAUCUGAAGCUUUGACACCACCUAACAGGUGAUUCGGUCUCAUUCACUCCUAUCUGUUGAAUCUCCACCAUGGAUGUUCGAAGUGUGGGUUUAACAUUGACAUGUUUAAUGGCUCUGUUAACACAUAAUGGGGCUGAGGAGACUUCGCCUGAAUGGCCAUAUGUGAAGGUUGACACAGCACUAAAAGCUCAUCAAACAAGUUUUCUUUUCCAUUAUGCCAUCGUGCCUUGUGUCCUUGCAGUUUGUGCAAUUUCUGCGUUUGUGUGUUGCACAUGUGGAGAAGACGAUCCAUCAGCAGAAGCCCAACAAUCUCCUCCUGGUGAUCUGAGACAAGUAUUAGUACAUUCUUCAAAAAAAGAGAAAAAGAAGAUUGUUUCUAAACUGUUGGAACAGAAGAAAGACAUUGUGAAACUAAUGAAGGAACUCCAGUCACAGUGUUUGGAAGUCGUCAGAGAAAAGGUGGAGAACAAGGAGAAGCUUCAGUUAGUGGAGAAGGAACUCGAGAAUGAGACAGUCGACAACAGACAGGAGUUAUUAAAAGAAAAAGAAAAUCUUUUAAAGUCCAAAUGGAAACUUGAAGAGAAGAAGACAGACAAGGAGAAGGUGCUGCUGCAGACAGAGAGACUACUGCAGACAAUAGAUGCUGCAACUGGAGAAGAGGAUAAACUCCAGUCACAGUGGGUGGAAGUAGACAGAGAAAAGGUGAAGCACAGGGAGAAGCUUCAAUCAGUGGCGACAGAAGUACUGCAGACUAUAGAUGCUGCUCCAGUGUCUCAGGUUGACCGUUAUUAAAACCAGCCCUGAUUCAUUUACAGUUACUCAAGUCAUUACAUCUGCAAGUGAGUACAAUCAUAAUAAUAAGGGUUAAAUAUAAAAAAAGAGUUUAGGUUUGGUGAUAGUUUAGUAAGUUGGACAGGAUUAUGCUAUUUUCUAAAAUUACUGUAAUAAUUACAGAUGACGACAGCUGUUCUAAAGCUACUACAAAACAAACAUGAUACAAUCAGCUAGAGAGACAAUAAAUCACUCUAUUGGAAAUAACAAACCAAAAAAAUGCUGCUACCUGAAUCUUUUGUACAUUUUCUCAAUGAUAAUUAAAAAAAUAUUUUUUAUUUAAUUUGUUUGUCUUUUGGGAUUAUAAAAAUGCUGAUCAUACCCACUUGAAAUUAAACUGCUUCUGGUUGAUCUUCUGUUUCUGCAAUUUUUGUGACUGACAGA